GCCGCUUCGGAGGUGUGGGCAGGCCGGGCCCGUCGAUUGGUUGGCGCGUUUGUUUGGGAGACCUUGGAGGCCUGGCCGGUCGCGCGGGGCCAGAACGUUAGAGCCUCCAUGAGCAGGUGUUGUCCACCUGUAGCCUCGGUCGUGAGGGGACUCCUCGGCUCCGUUUUUUUCUGCCUGACACGGACUAUGAGCCUCCGAGGAAAUCCGGCUGCCUACCUGUCGGGGGCCGCGAGCAGCAGCAGCAGCAGGGCGGGCUGUGACGAAGGAGGCAGCGGAGGGAGCGCCUUCUUCCUGCCCUCGACCUCCUCGCCGCGGCCGAGGCUGCUGCGGCUGUCGGAGGUGCCGGGCGACGAGCCCUUCAAAGCCAACGACGCGCUGCUGCACCUGCCCCUUUCCGCCCCAGCAACCGGGCAGGCUCAGCAUCACGUCGUCUACUUCCCGGGGGAUGUGCAGAACUAUCAUGAAAUUAUGGCUUGCCAUCCAGAGAACUUCCAGUGGAAAAAAUGGUGCUUAGAAAAUGUUGCAAUUAUUCUUGGUCAUCGUUUUCCAGGCAGUUACAUUUGGAUUAUAAAAUGUUCCCGUAUGCAUUUGCACAAAUUCAGCUGCUAUGAUAAUUUUGUGGCAAGCAAUUUAUUUGGAGCACCUGAACAUAGUACUGACUUUGGAGCCUUCAGACACCUUCAUGCCCUCUUAGUUAAUGCAUUUAAACUUGCUCAAAAUUUUUUGGUGUCUGAAAAAAGCAUGUACGAUUUCAGUGACAAUACAAAGGCAGUUUCUUGUGAAUUACCUACUUUUGCAACUAGUAAUGGUUGCCCAGCAGCAGAGAAACACUGUGAACAUGUUAGCAAUUCUGCUAUGAGCUUUAAUGAGCCUUCUGCUAUUGGUAGAGCUUCAUUCACAUUAAUAGGAUUCAGUAAAGGUUGUGUUGUCUUGAAUCAAUUACUUCAUGAACUGAAAGAAGCAAAAAAGGACAAGGAUAUAGAUGCUUUUAUACAAAAUAUAAAAGCUAUGUACUGGUUGGAUGGCGGUCAUUCUGGAGGAAGUAAUACUUGGGUAACAUACCCUCAUGUGCUGAAAGACUUUUCACAGACUGGAAUUUCAGUUAAUGCUCAUGUCACACCAUAUCAGGUAUUUGAUACAAUGAGAACAUGGAUUGGAAAAGAGCACAAAAGAUUUGUACAACUUCUUGAGGAGUUUGGUGCAAAUAUAAAUAGCCAACUUCAUUUUGCUGAUGAAGCACCUUCUUUGGACAAUCACUUCAAAGUGCAUGAAGUAUUUUGAUAUGUCAAUAAUGCCAGUGUCCUUUAUCUGCAAAAUAGAUCUUAAACUUCAAGUUUAAUAAUGUGUUUUCUUAACACUUGGAAGAGGAAAUAUUAUAUGCUUUCUAAGAUGAAUGUUAAUUCGUCUACUGCUUGUAACUGAAGUCACGAGAAGGUUACAGCUUUUUGAUCUGAACAAGGCAGUAUUAUCCAUGAGGAAAACCAAUUUAAGAGCAAAAAGAAAAAAAAAACCUUAAUUCAGAUUAAUGUUAUAGGAAAGGUUUGUGUAAUUGUCUAGAAUUAUAAUGUGCAAAACUUUCAAGCCUAGAUAUAAAAAGAUCAUCUUCAAAUUCUUCUAAUUUGAUGAAAUUGAAGUUUUGUUUUUGAAUAAAAUUUUGUUAUUUAGAUGGGAUAAUAAUAUCAAAGCUACUCUAAACAUUAUUUAGUACUUUAGCACAAGCAAUGCAGCAAAUUGAUUAUUUUGACAGUAUUUAUCUUUAUUGCAAUAAGUAUAUAUUAACCUUGGGAAUAAGGUGAAUAACUACUGUACUGUUGUGCCAGAGAUGCCCUGCAGUUUCUAACCAUUGCAAGCAUCUACAGAUGUUGUAUUUUUUGUUUUCCUUUCAGGGGGUGGGCAUUGGAAGAGAAUUGAACAACUUUGUGUGUGUGAGACCAAAAAUGUUCACUCUUACACGGUUCAACAUUCCGUAUUAAUGGUGAAGCUUAACUAAUGCUCAAUACAAUUUUGAGCUUUUGUAACUUGAGACUGUUAGAACUUUUAUAACAACUGUAAUUAUUACUUUGCUGAAUAUAAAGCCAUGUAAUUACAUUAUAUUAAUACUGUAAGUUUUGGAAAAAUGAUAGUAGCAUAUAGAGUUAUUAUUUUAACACAGGAACAUCAAGCAGCAUUCUCUAUAAAAUGGCAACAAUGUGAGAGAAGGAUCACCACAGUGUAAAACAUUUUGAUGUUUCUGUUAGUUAAAAAUUAAAGUAUUAAUCCAUCAGUGCAAUUGAUAUUUUUAUACAUUGUUUGAAAGCUAAUUACGAAAAACCACACUACUACCUGAAAAUGGAAUUUGGAGAAUAUAGAAUUCAUCUGAAUUUUAAAGGAUUUGUGACACAAUAGGGUCCCUUAAAACAGAAUUCCCCAACCUUCCCACCUUUGCGGCCCUGGGGAGGGAGAGGGGAUGGUUCUGCACAGAUGUGGUGCAUGCACACGCAUUUGCCUACUGCUUGUGCAAAUGGGGAUGUGCACGCACUCGCCCAUCACUUCCGCCACCUAGUUCUGAACACCCAGUUCUCAAGGCUCGAUAAUGGACCGUGGCCCAGAAGUUGGGGACCUCUGCCUUAAAACUUUGAUGAACAAAAUAUUGUUGAAAGAUAAUCUAAAAUUAUUGCUAAAAAAGCUUACAUUAAAAGUCAAAGGUUGUGUAUAAAUUGUUUUUGUUAUAGCAGAAACGGUUUGAUUAUCUAAUUUUCACAGAAUAUCCUACUAACUACAUUUCUCCAUAUUAUUCCAUUCUGUGUUUUGCAAGGACGACACCUUUCAAGAGUAAGUUUUUAAAAUGGGAUAGAAAGUUAAGGUAGAGGAAUCGAUACAAAUGGAGAUGCUUAUAUGCAAGAAAGCAAGCACUGCCUGCUUAUUAUCCAGUGUAUAAGCCACAUAGCUUUUGAGCACGAAUAAGCUAUAAAAUUAUUGCUUGGUUAUAAUGAUGGGAAUUUAAUGAUCUCUAAGCCCUCUGCAGAUUUGAAUAUCAUGAGAACUGUGAGAAUAAGAAAGUUGUGUUUUGUUAGCAGCAAUCCUUUAGCAUAGACUUUGAUGCUAUCUCAUACUAUGUAAGAUGAUGCAGGUUUAUCACAUCAGUAUAAACGUGAAAUGGCUAUUUGUCCUGAUCCAAUAAUUCACUGUAGGCACUUGAAAUAUUGUACACUGAUCCCUUUUUAUUUAUUCCCUUCACUUCAGCAUUUCCAAAGGGAUAGGCGCAUGGAAGAGGGAAAGCCAGGAUGUUAAGUAGGUCAAAUCUCAUGUUGUUUGUGCAGCCAAACUGCAGGGAUUUUUACUUUUCAUACCUUCCAAAGAGUUUUUUGUUAUUGUUGCACUUUGAAAUAUAUUCUGAAGCAAAGUUUACUUCUUAGUUCAUGUUUUAAAAAUAAUAAAAUGCUGGUAAUUUAGUCAUAGCCAAAUUAAUAGUCUACAACCAAAAUAUCCAGCUUUUAAUAAGACACUAUUCACAUAUUGCUUCACAAUAGAAGUUAAAAGAUGCCAGAAGAGGUGAGUCUUACAGUAUUCUGGAGAAAAUUAAUUCCAUCUACAAUUAGGAUAUUAUAUCUAUUUACUGAAAUGAUGUCUAACAGCCAAGUGAGUUCUUCUGUUUCCCAAAUUUGCUCUUGAGGAUUGGGAAAGAUUUGGGGCUGCAGUAAGAGGGAAAUAGUAAAUUGCAUGCCUUCACUACAGGUCAUUAACUCCGUCACAAUAUAAAGAUAUAUUGAAUUUUCUGUGCCAAUAAAUAUUUUCAAUGUGACAUACUUUCUUUACCUUUGAAAGCUCAUUUUAUAAAUAAGCUUUGUGUUUUUCUUAAAGUAGAUACUGACAUAAAUUGAACUUUUAUUUUCAUGAAUGGAGCUAAGAUACUUUUGUUUAUGUAGAGAAUUGGAAGACUAUUUGUUAAGAAAAUUGAAAGUAGUAUCGUAUUAAAGAUAAGCUUUUUUAAAAAAUACAUUCAGUUCAAUAAAAUGUUUUGAUGUUUACUAAAA